AUGGAGUCCAGUCGACCUAAAGCGCCAAUCAAUCUUAUGCGCGGCUGGCCCGCAGUCUCGGCCCUGCCAACAGACUUGCUCACGAAAGCAUCGGCAGCCAUUCUAUCAGAUCCGUCUAUUUCGACACCUGCCCUGGAAUACGGCCCCGAUGCUGGCUACCUCCCUUUGAGGAAGGCCAUGUCCAGGUGGCUGUCACGCCACUUCAAUGUUGAAGAGGACGUCGACCGCAUUUGUAUCACGGGAGGUGCAAGCCAAAGCAUUGCCAACAUUCUCAUCUCUUACGCUGAUCCCCUAGUCACAAAGGGUUUCUGGGUCGUGGCACCUUGCUAUCACCUUGUCUGCCCCAUCUUCGAGGAUGCGGGGUUUGCCAGGCGAUUGAGGGGCAUCCGAGAGGAUGAGCAUGGUAUUGAUCCAGUCGAGCUCGAGGCGGAGAUACAGAGACUGGAGAGGAGCGAGCGGAAUGCGCCUGACCAGUUACCUUCCAAGGACGUGCCAGGGCGAAAACUGUAUCGUCACAUCAUCUACGUCGUAUCGACUUCCUCUAACCCAAGUGGCAAGACCCUGCCCCUUGAACGGCGGACUGCUCUGGUCAAGCUUGCUAGGAAAUAUGAUGCCUUGUUAAUCUCGGACGACGUCUACGACUUUCUGCAAUGGCCUCUUUCGCGUUCUUCGCCGCUUGACUGGACGUCAGAGAUGCGACUCCCUCGCUUAGCGGACAUUGAUCGUGAGCUGGGCGUCGAGGGGUUUGGCAACGCAGUCAGCAACGGGAGUUUCAGCAAGAUUGCUGCACCAGGUUUGAGAACCGGCUGGAUUGAGGCAUCACCUGCUUUUGCGACGGGCAUGAGCAUGCAAGGGAGCACAAAGUCCGGUGGCGCACCUAGUCAGUUCUCUGCUGCCGUCCUCAGCGUCAUGGUGCAAGACGGUUCGCUCGAGAGGCACGUGGACGAAGUCAUCAGACCGCAAUUGAGAGACAGGCACCUGUCCUUGAUCGCUGCUAUCAAGGAAUCCAUACCCCAAGCACGGAUCAACGCGAGCAGUCAUGCGGGUGCAAAGGUUUUUGGCGGGUUCUUCGUCUGGUUCACUGUGGACAUUGGCUUGUCAACGCAGCUUGUUGCGCAGGCAGCGCUGGAGGAGGAGAAUCUUGUUAUUGGAUCCGGUGGCAUAUUCGCAGUCCAUGGCGACAAAUCGGGACCGCAGUUCGAUGACAAGAUCCGGUUGUGUUUUGCGUGGGAGCCAGUAGACUGUCUCAUUGAAGGUGUGAAAAGGCUGGCUAACCUCUUGGACAGAAUGGAGAGGAACAAGGAGCUUUAUCAGAAAACGUACACCCAGAGUAUGGGGCAGGAUUGGGUGACUGCAAAUAAGUAG